GACGAUCCGUCAAAAGUUUGCACUGCGCGGACAAACAACGGGAAAAUUGCGGGGCCGGCCAGCCCGGCCAGGUUUGUCUCAAACAGGAACCCGGAGAACAAGCAGGAAGUUGUCUCUCUCUCUCCCCCCCCCCCGUCUCAAGGAGCCACCGCCGUCUUUAUCUCUCUGGACAGCGCGGGCAUCAGACCCCGAGACGUCUCUCUUGGCUCGCUCUCCACCGAUUGAGACGGCUUCUUCCCCUAACGAGCGGGAGACGCGCUUGCAGUCCCCGCAAAUCGGGGUGCUCCCGCCCCCACCUUGAUCCGCUUCGGGCCCUGAGCUAUUUGCUCGAUUUGCCCGGUGGCCGGUGAUGGCGGAGGGCGGAGCGGCGCAGGACCGGCCGAAGGCCUCAUCCCUGCUCCUCCACCGCAGGGAGCGGCUUGUCCUGGCCAUGGGCCCGCAGGUGGAGGGCCUCCUGGACGUCCUGUUCGCUCGCGACAUGGUCUCCCUGGAGGAGAGAGAGAGCAUCGUGUUCGGCAGGACGCCGUACGACGCGGCGCGCCAGCUGCUCUGCAUCGUCGGCAGCAAGGGCGAGGAGGCCGCCGCGGAGCUGGUGGGAGCGCUCGCGAGGGCGGCGCUCAUCCAGGUGCCCCCGGGGUUCGAGCUCCGCACGGACCAAGCCGACGCCGACGCCGCCACCGGCACCGGCAUCGCCGCCGCCGCCGCCGCCGCCGACGCCGCCGACGCCGACGCCGCCGCCGCGACGCUCAUCGCGGCGCCGUCGCCCCCCGACGGCGCCCUGGCUGCGAUGCGGCUCCACCACCUGGCACUGGUGGACAAGCUGGACGAUGUGGACGUGCUGGCCGAGCAGCUGGUGCUGGAUGGCGUCUUGAGUCACGAGGACCGGGACAGAGUGACGCUUCCGCAGCAGACGCGCCAGCAAAACGUGAGGAAGCUGCUCAAUCUGAUUCACACGAAAGGGGAAGCCGCGGCGGCCGCGUUUCUCCGCUGCGUCGACGCGAAAGCGGUGGCCGAGAAGGAUUACUUCCCUUCGCCCGUGGAGGCGUACAAGAGCAAGCUGCGUCGGCACCACGAGGACGGCUCGCAGUCGCUGCAGAUGUACAGCCACCUUGGCCACCUCGCCCUCGACGACAUCUACACCGAGACGCAGCUGCACGCGCUGCCCACCGCGGCCGACGAGCAGCCCCUCGUGCUCACGCUGGACACGCUCCUGCAGCCGCCCCCGGCCGAGGCCGGCAUCGGCGCCGACGUCGGCCGCCGCCCCGGGCCGCCCGGCAAGGACGUGGUCCUGCUGUCGGGCGACGCGGGCAGCGGCAAGAGCGUGCUGGUGCAGAAGCUGCGGCGGGAGUGGGCGAAGGGCGCGGCGUACGCCGAGUUCGAGUUCCUCUUCUCGUUCUCCUGCAGCCACCUGAACCACGUGAGGAAGGAGAUCUGCCUGAGGGACCUGCUCUUCAACAACUGCUGCUGCCCGGACACGUGCCCCGACAAGGUGUUCGAGUACGUGCUGAGACGUCCGGACAGGACGCUGCUCGUGUUCGACGCCAUGGACGAGUUCCGCGGAGACAUGGCGUGCGGCGGCGGCGGCGGCGGCGACGUGGCGAUGUGCGCGUCGCCGGAGGGCGCCGCCCCCGCCUUCGUGCUCGUCGCCAACGUCUUGCGGGGGAACCUGCUCAGGGGCGCGAAGAAGAUCGUGACGUCGAGAACCAACUCGGACGUGAAGGUCAUGCUGGAGACGCACGUCGGGCGGAACGUCGUCGCCUCGGGCUUCUCCAAGGAUGCCGUCAUGGCGUACCUGUCCAAGCGGCGCCAGGGCGAGGGCGUCGCCAGCCGGGCCACGGAGCAGCUGCUCAAGUCCGACCCGAACAUCUACAGCCUCUGCCAAAUCCCGCUCUACUGCUGGAUCGUGUCGCAGUGCCACGGUCUGCUCCGGCAGCCGCAGCCGCCGCAGCACCGGUCGGCGCCGGCGGGAUCCCCGGACUCGUCGCUGACGAUCACCGAGAUUUACCUGAGCAUGCUCGAGGUGUGCUUGAGUCACAGCCAGCCGCAGCAGGGCCAAGAGGCCCUCUUCGGCGCCUCCCUGCCGCUGCUGCGCAGGCUCGGCAGCCUUGCCCAGAAGGCGCUGCUGGAGUCGGAGACCUCGUUCUCGUCGUCGCGCCUCAAGGAGCACGGCCUCACGGAGGAGGACCUCGCGUACGGCUUCCUCAUCAAGUCGCAGAGCUACCGCGGCUUCGGCACGGAGGACGUGUUCGUGUUCAUGCACGUCACCUUCCAGGCAUUCUUCGCCGCGCUCCUCCUGGUGCUGAGCGCCGACCGCAGCGCACGCGACGUGCUCGGGCACUUCCCCAACUUCUCGCGAGCGACUCCGUGGCGGAGGCUGGCGCCGGCCUGCGUGGUCGGGUGGCAGCGGCGGAAACAGUGCCGCAAGCUCACCGACUCGGAGAAGAGCAACCUGCAGUUGGUGUCGCAGUUCCUCAGCGGCCUCCUGUCCCAGCGGCACUCCGCGACGCUGUUGAAGAUGGCGGGCCGCCGCAGCGACGGCGCCCUCCGGCGGAAGCGCGGGGCGCUGCGCGCCCACCUGCGCCGGUGCCUGCGCGUUCACCUGGAGGAUCUGGCGGCGAGCGUCCGGCUGACGCGCCGCGACAUGGCCGGCUACCGCGGCCACCUGACGUGCGACUUCCUGUGGGUGGUGUGCUGCGCCCACGAGUUUGGCGAAGAGGCGGUGGCGCGGCGGCUGGCCCGCGACGUGCCGAGCUUCGUGAAGCUGAACUACGCGUUGGUGGGGCCGGCGCACUGCACGCACCUGGCCUUCGUGCUGCAGCACGCCACGUCGGCCGUGUCGGCCGAGCUCGACAACAACCACAUCGAGGACCUGGGCGUGCGCCAGCUGCUGCCGUGCCUGCACAAGCUGGACCAGCUGCGAGUGAGCAGUAACCGGAUAACGGACGACGGCAUCCGCGUGCUGGUGCCGGAGUUGAUAAAGCACAACACCUUGAAGUACCUUGGGCUCUUUAAGAACAGCUUGACGGACGUCAUCGCGCCCGACCUGGCGAAGUUCAUCGAGAGGAGCAGCACCAUUGAACAACUCAAGCUCGGCGGGAAUGAGUUCACGGGAGGGGGCGCCGUGGUGCUGGCAGAUGCGCUGAAGCGCAACCGCUCUGUCAAGAUCGUCGGGUAAACUUUGUUUCCUCGGUUAGAUCUCUCUCGCCCCGCGGUCUCACAAGGAAAAGGCCGCCAACUAACCAGUGAACCAGUUGCUCGUGUGUGUGUGUGUGAGUGUGUGUGUCGGAGGGUGCGUGUGUGCGUCAGAGUGUGUGUGUGUCAGA